AAAAAUCCAGAGAAACUCUACCAGCAAAAAAAGAAUCAGUUUGGGGGGUCGUCGCCGCGUCGGUGUCGCUCGCCAUAUCCCCUUUCCUUCCCCUCCCUCUCCGAGCCCGACUCCGGCGAUCCGCCCCGCCUGAACCCUACUCCACGUCGCCUCGCCGGUUGGGUCGGGGGCCGAGCCGAUCCGAUCGGAUCGGGGCCGGUUCCUGCGCCGCCGCUGCGUAACCUCCUCCCGGUUGCUCGCCUGCUCGGCUCGAUCGGCCGGGGACGGCGGCGGCCAGAUCUGCGAUGGAGGGCAACAAGGACGACGCGGCCAAAUGCCUGCGCAUCGGCAGGGGCGCGCUCGAAGCCGGCGACCGCGCGCGCGCCGUCAAAUUCCUCUCCAAGGCCAAGCGCCUCGACCCCUCCCUCCCCAUCGACGACCUCCUCGCUCCGCUCCUCAACCCCCAGGACGACUCCCCCGCUUCGUCGUCGUCGUCGUCGCCGCCGCCACCGCCACCACAACCUUCUGCAGCAGGGGCAGCGGGAGCAGCUGAGGCUGACGGGCUUAGAGAGAGGAAACAGAAGGGCAAGAAGAGGGAGGAGGAGGAAGAGGCGACUGGCGCUGCGAGGGAGUACACGGCGGAGCAGCUCGAGGUUGUGCGCCAGGUCAAGAAGCACUCCAGGGACUACUACCAGAUCCUCGGCCUCGAGAAGGACUGCACCGUCGAGGACGUGCGCAAGGCCUACCGCAAGCUCUCGCUCAAGGUGCAUCCUGACAAGAACAAGGCCCCUGGCGCAGAGGACGCCUUCAAGGCAGUUUCCAAAGCCUUCCAGUGCCUCAGUGAUGCUGAGAGUCGUAAGCGCUAUGACCUUGUUGGCUCGGAUGAGCCAGUAACACACCACAGGAGGCCCUCCACUGCCCGUGCAUACAAUGGUUUCUAUGAGGAUGACUUCGACCCAGAUGAGAUAUUCAGAAACUUCUUCUUUGGUGGUAUGGCACCUGCCACCACCAGGCAGUUUGGACAGUUUGGGACGUUCCAUUUCAGAACUGGUGGAAUGCAUGCUCAUGGGCAGCAAAACUCUGGUGGCUCAACUGUCAGGAUGCUUAUUCAGCUGUUGCCAGUUCUAUUGCUGCUGUUGCUCAACUUCCUGCCAUCCUCUGAGCCUGUUUACUCCCUCUCCCGCUCCUACCCAUAUGAGCAUAAGUUCCAAACACCACGUGGAGUUGCGUACUAUGUCAAGAUGGCUAAUUUCGAGGAGCAGUAUCCACACCAAAGCACUGAGCGGGCAACACUGGAGCGGCAUGUUGAGAGGGAUUAUUACUCAAUAAUCACGCAGAAUUGCAGGGUUGAACUGCAGCGCCGCCAAUGGGGGUUAGCAUACCAGACACCACACUGUGAUAUGCUAAAAAAAUUUGAGGCCGCAGCACAGUAAUUCAUCCAAUGGUCCAAGGUUGACAGUGAGAAGAGAAGCUGGCUAUGUGUAAAAGUUUCCAAUCCCUGUGCCCUUGGCUGUCAGCUUCAGAUCGGAGGGGCCAUCAAGUUUGGACCAGUAGUAAAUUUUGUGGAAUAAGUGCCUUUGAUAACUAUACACCACCUGCCCAGAUGCUAUCUUAGUAGUGCUGAGGAGUGCAUCACCGAGCUACUUCAAAAGGAUAUGUAAUGGUUAAGCUUCAUAGGGGUUGAUCACAUGCAGACCUAUGUAUGUAUAUGAAGUAUAUCGAUCUCAUUUUUUUCUUACUGUUUUGAGAGAAUACCUUACUUAACAACAACUAUAACAGAAAUGGCUUCUUCAUUUUGAUGUUGCUCAAA